GGAAACCAACUAGCAGGAAUAAUAAAUAGCUAAGUGUUUUUCUCUCCUAUAUGAUCAGACCUAACUGUACCUUUCCCCUUCCGUCCCAAUGUUUACAGUAGAUAUAGCUUUAAUAAGAAGAUUUUAGGAACAUAGACUGUUAUGCUGCUCUCUCUGGUUCAAAGGUAAUAUGUGGAUGUUCAGUAGACCCUCUAUGUGACUGAAUUACUACAGCUCCAAGGAGUCCGCAGACGACAGACACCGCCGUACAGAUGUGGGGAACAGUCUUUGGAUAUGCAUCAACUAUCAGCAGAGGAGCCAGUCGCCCCGGAUUCAACCCUGAACCCCUCCCCCUCUCAUCCUCCCUCCUCCUCACCAUCCCCUUCUCCCCCUCCUCCACUGUCUCUCUCCCCCUCUUCUCCUCUUUCCUGUGGUGUGUUCCAGUGCCUGGUGUGUUCCAGUUUCUCCUCUGACAGUCUGGAGUCUCUUAUGUCUCACCUGAGUGCCCCCUGCUCCCUGCCCCAGUCUGAGUGGCGAUCUCUGGUGGCUGGAGGCUGCUACUGCAGGCUGUGUGGCUACAGCACCCCCCUCAGGGCUAACUUCACCCUGCACUGCCAGACAGACAGACACAGGGCCCAGUACCAGCUGGCUUCCCACCUCUGGGAGAAGGGGAAGGCCGGGGACAGGGAGGAAUUUGGGAAGUUGGUUGCUACAGGCAACCCAGUCCAGCUGAAGUGUAACUCGUGUGACUUCCAGACCACCAGCUUGGAUAAACUGAAAAUACACAGCAUCAACCCCCAACACCAGGCCAGCCUCAGAGUCUACAGGUUCUUACAGCAGUACGACAGUGCAGUAGAUGGAGGGUCCUGGUUGUUCCACUGUGUCCUGUGUAACUACUCCUCCUGUUCUAAACUCCACCUAUUGAGACAUACCCACUCCCCUGGUCAUCAGAAGAGGGAGCUUCACUACUUGCAGUUAGUGAGAGGGAGGAGCCUGGAGGAAGGGGAGGGGCUAGCGGCUACUUUCACCAUUAGGAAGUGUCCCAGUCCUGAGACAGGUGGAAGCAUUGAGGAGGAGGGGGAGAGGAGAGAUUCCCUUUCUCCAGCCAAGCGAUCGUUCUCUGGGCUGGAGGAGACACAGAGCCCCCUCUCUCCCAAACGCCCCAGAACAGACCAGCGCUCUACUCACCAACAGGCUACUGGCAAGUGCCCACUGUGCCAGGACACACUGGUAUACACACACCUGAGACGCCACCUCAUACUCACACACAGUGUGGUCCAGGACUGUGUGGACAAGCUCAUGAGUGUGGUGGCAGUGGAGCUGCCAGAGAUUCUGCAGAAAGAGACACUGCAGAUGGAGUCCAACUCAAAUAUAAAGGAAUUUCAAACAAACGAUUGCAACACAAGCUCUUACACGAAGGAAUCCCUCACAAAUGAGUCUCAAACAAAUGACUACCAUACAAAAAAAGAAAAAGUAAUCACAGCCAAAGAUGUCCCUGCUCUCGUGACUCCUCCCUGUGAGGACCAGCACCCAGCAGAGGACAACACCUCUCACCUCCUUGAGUCCUCCAGCUCUCCCCCUUCCCCACCCACUCUUUCCUCUCUCUCCCCCAGCAACCUCCCUUCAUCCACCUUACCCCUGUCUCCUCCCAGUGAUGCCCCUCCCCCCUCUGAUUGUCAUGGUUACAGGUUUUGCUGCAGCAGGUGCAGUCUAGCGGUCCAAAGGCAGAACCACACCAUGAGGGCGGCGACAGAGUGCCACCUCUGCCCCAGACGGUGCCGCAGCCAAGAGGCCCUGCAGAGACACCUGCUCAACACACACCUACAGGACCUACACCUACAGGGUACAUACCCUGACCAGAGUGGAGCACACAUCCAACAACCAAUCAGCCUGGAGGAAGAGGAGGGGGAAAGUAUGAGUGAAAAAGAGACAGAUAAGAAAGAGGAAGAUGAUGAGGAGGGGGAGGGAGAGCAGGGAAAGGGAGAUGAAGGAGAGGAUGAAAAGGAUGACCCAGAUGAGGAGGAGGAGAGGCCCAGUUCAGGGGUUGGUGACAGUGACCAGGGUUCAAGGCAGCAGGAGGAGAAGGAGGCAGGGUCAGAACCCAACCCCUUCAGCAAGGGCUCCAACCCCACUCUGGAGCGGUUUUUGGACCCGGCUCAGCCCUACAAGUGUUCCUUCUGCUGUGAGUCCUUCACUCAGAGAACCAUCCUGCCGGUCCUCUAUAACUCUCUGUCCCACCGAGCCAGAGCCAGAUGGGUCCUGCAGGACUCCAGCCCCAGUUCCCCUGACACCCGCUGCAGCCCGGACCCAAGUUCCUACCGCUGCAGAAUGUGUCGGGUGGCUUACAGCCAGAGUUCCGCCCUGGACAUUCACCUCCGCUCUGCACUUCACCAGACACGAGCCCGUGGAGCUCGGACCCAGCUAUCACUGAAACCCCACACCCUCCAAACCCUAGUUCCAGCCUUGGUUCAGACCACUGCCUCCAGCCGUUCACCAGGGGGAGGAGAGGUAUCUACCAGGGAAACCCCCCCAACAGCCACCAGAUCAGCCCCUUCCUCCCCAAGUCCCUGUUCCUCCCUCAGUGAAGCCCAGCUGAGUGUGGGUGUCUCUGGGAAGGCUGAGGGCCACCAGGCUAAGAGGCGGAGGGUAGAGGACCUGACAGCAUCUGGAGGACAGCAGGACCUAACGUUACUCCAACAGCAGUUAGCCCAGGCCCAGAUGCUACAACAGCAACAUAAGUUAGCCCAGGCCCAUAUACAGGAACACACAGUCCUCCUCCAGCCCCAGCUCUUUAGUCCAACACUGCUCCCGCACCUCCCCUUACUGCAGCAGAACCUCUUAAAGCAGUUCCUCCCUUCAGCAGCAGAGAGUCUCCAACAGAGGAACCUCCUCUCUCCACUCCAGUUCUCCCCAGACAGCCUGUUUUCUCUACAGCAGCAGAUGCUCCAGUCCUUCUACCUCUCUGGAGAUCUGCAGCUCAACCCUAACAUGAACAUUAGUCAGAUCACCUCAGCCCUCUCCCUCCAGACCAUCGCUUCCCUCUCCUCUCAGACAAAUGGGCUUAAACAUCCCUCUCCAAAGCUGGUGACAACUAGCAUCCAGUCUCCAGCCCAGCCCCCGAAAUGUGAGACCCAGGCUGAGACAGCUGACAGUGACUCCCCCCUUCACCAGAUGGAGAAAGAGUCAAAUCCAUCCUCAUCUCCUGAGGGAGGUGGAGAGAUGCAGGAGAGUGAGAAGAGGGAUGGAGCAGAGAAGGCCCUCAGAGUUCUGCUGGAGAGAUAUGGCUGGGAGCUGGCCCUGCAAUCCAAUCAGAGCAGACAGAGACAGCAGAACAGAGAGAUGGAGGGAUGCCUGGAGGAGGAGAAGCAGUGUGGAGAAUGUGGGAAGCUGUUCUCUGACUCAGUGAUCCUGAAGAGCCAUCGGGAGUUUGUUCACCAGCAAAUGAUCACUCCGGUAGUGUUGGAGACGUUCUCCAGACAGUAUGACUGCCUCUAUCCCCUCACACACUUCCCAGUGGGGGACAAUGAUAAUACUGUUGUUGCACAUCUAGCCACAGCACUUGUACUUGCACCCUUACCCCCAGCACCAGUCUCAGAUUCAAUCUUUGACCAAGCCCAAUCCCUCUCCCAAGCCUCCAUAGGUCCAGAUCAAGCUGUACCCACCACACCGGCAUCUGUACCUGUAAACUUGUCCACAGACCAAGCCCCAGUUAAUUCCUUCUGCCCAGCCCAAGCCUCACCAACACCCUCUCCUCCUCCACCCUCUUCCCAAACACAACCACUUCCAGAGCAGCAGCAGGACACUACGACAUCGACAACCACCCCUGCCCCCUCUCCAACUAUCAUACCCCAGUCCAAUCUCUCCAUGCAUUUCCCCUUAUCCCAACUCCCCAUGCCCCCUCUUCCUUUACCAAGCCUCCCCACUCUUCCCUUCCCCAUAGACCUCUCUCUCCUCCCCCUUGGUCUAAUGCAGCCCAUAGUACUCCAGUCUAUGCUUCAGUACCAGUCCCUGUUAUCAUCUGGCCACCAACCACCCCUAUCCCUAUUCACCAACGCUCACUCCACCCUCAAACCAUCUCUACCCUCAUACACUAACACACACUGUGAUCCUAGUCCAUCUCUACCCUCAUACACUAACACACACUGUGAUCCUAGUCCAUCUCUAACCUCAUACACGAACACACACUGUGCUCCAAGCCCAUCUCUAACCUCAUACACGAACACACACUGUGCUCCAAGCCCAUCUCUAACCUCAUACACCAACACACACUGUGCUCCUAGUCCAUCUCUAACCUCAUACACGAACACACACUGUGCUCCAAGCCCAUCUCUAACCUCAUACACGAACACACACUGUGCUCCUAGCCCAUCUCUAACCUCAUACACGAACACACACUGUGCUCCAAGCCCAUCCCUGCCCUUUCUGAAGCGUAGGCUGGAGGAAGGGACAGCGGUAACGCCUAUGAGGGAUGUGAUGGACGGUGAGAGAGAGGAAGAGGGAGUUAGAGAGGGUGAUGAGCAGAGGAGGGAUAGGCGCCAGAGGACCACCAUCAGUUCGGAGCAGCUAGAGGUUCUGUACCAGCGCUACAGUCUGAACUCCAACCCAACCCGCUCUGUACUGGAGGGCAUCACCAGGGACACAGGCCUGAAGAAACGUGUAGUGCAGGUAUGGUUCCAGAACACCAGGGCUCGUCAGAGGAAGGGCCAGCUCCAGACCCUGGGGAGAGGAGGAGGUCUGUGUCUGGGUGAGAACCACAGGCGCUGUCCGUUCUGCAGGGCUCUCUUCAAGGCUCAGAACGCCCUGGACGCCCAUGUCAGGGCCCACCACUGUUCACAGACUGACAGAGCUGCCUAUGGCUCAUUUAAUCAGAUGGGUCCUGCAGUUGACUCCAGCUUCUCUCACAACCAUUGAUCCUACAGAGACAGGGAGGGUCACUCUCUCUCCAUCCAGCCUUUUCCCUCUCUCUCCCAGCAUCCUCCUCUCUCUCCCUCUCUCCCCAAGCCCGUUUCAUCCCUCCCCAAGCCCAUGGGGCGUCCCCACUGAGAGAAAAUACAUUUCUGGGAAAACCAAUUUGUCCUUUGACCUGAACAAACCCCAAAUUGAAGAGGAGGAGAAAGAAAAGAAAGAGCAUCUGUCAGUAAAAAAAUACCUUUGUCUGACCAGGCUCAUGAGGGUAACUGUAGCAAUCUGUUGUCUCUGGGAUACAAUUAUGGAAUGGCGAGCUUCAACGUUCAUGACUGUGACCAGAACACCAGUCCAAAUCUGUCUGAGUGUGGAUAGGCAUGUACCGAGACAGCAGCAGAGGCCGCGUACCCAGAUGACCCACCAGCAGGUUGACCAACUCCGUCUGCUACAGGGAGCAACCCAGCACCCUGCGGUGUGAGGGCCUCGCAUGCAGGGUAGUGCAGGUGUGGUUUCAGAAUAACCGGGCCAAAGAGAAGAAGGCCAGGGGCCUUAGAGUCGACCCAACCACAGGAUAGAGAGAGACUGCAGAGGACAGGGGAGAGAAUACACAGCCAUGAACCAAGUGCACGUCAGUCACAACAAUGAACCAACCACAGACACAGCCAUGAACCAACCUCACAAAGAGCGAUGAACCAACCACACACACAGCCAUGAACCAACCACAUGCCCAAGAAGCCAAAGAGCAUUCUACCAGUGUACCUCAUCCCCUCCUCAGCCCAAAAACAUCACAGGGCAUACCUCCUAGAGCUUUAAGACACAACUCCUCUGUUCCUCCCUCUCUCCUCUCCUGUCCUUUCUUCCAACCGAUACCUCAGGAGUUAACCCCUCCAUGCCAACAGAUGUCCCUGUCGAGACCAUAUCAUCUGGAGAAUCAGGAAAUGGUAUGUAAUCUUCCCACUUCUGUUUAAAGACUUUACUAGUGUUGUAGUUCUGUUGCAAGUACGAACAGAUUCUAUCAAGAUAGUCUCAGAUAGUCUAAGACGUUUGGUGUAUAGAAUGUUCUUUCAAAGUAAAAGAACUGAAAGAAACAAAAGCCGCUACGGAAAACAAAAAUAAAGAAUAUUCUUCACAAAGAGCUUCUGCAAAGACUGGCUUGGAUUCCAAAGCUUGUAACCAAAACCUUACAUGUCCUUGGAUUGUGUUGUCAACAUGGUGGUUUUCAUUUCCUGAACUGCAGUACAGACCAUACAGUGAAGGGUAGAUCUGAGACCGGUGUAGUACCAGGUGUGCGGCAAAAGACUGACUGGCCUAUGUGGUGCUGAAGCAGACCUCAACCUUCUCAAGCCAAUGGUGACUCUAUUGCACAUGUAAAUGUUCCUUAUGUGGAUAAUAGGCCAAAUAGCACUGAGAUAAGUCCACUUUGUCCUUUAAGAGAGACGUCAUAUAAGAAGCUAUUUUGAUCAUGUCCAACCAAUAUAUGUCACAACCACUCCAACCAAACACUACACAACAUUGUUUAGUAAAUGUUAAUGAAUAUGAAUAUUCUGGAUUGACGGUUGUUGUUAUGCUUUGAUAAGACAAGUGUUGUUUUGUGGUUUAUGAGAACAUAAUGUAUGUGUUAUGAUGUGGAGUUUAGGUAAGAUGUUACCACGCACUCUAACCAUCUCUCUCUCUGUGUAUGACGUCUUCUUACUCUCUCUGCAUUAAUAUUACUGUAGUAAUUAUGAUAAUAACAACAGUAAUAACUAUGCUAAUAUAUAAUGCUUUAAAACACAACCCAAAGACAUAAUAGCACUGUAAUCAUUGGUGCAUAAAGCCCACAAAAACAACUUGAUAAUGUAUCAUUGAAUGAUGGAAAGAAGAGAGACUGUAUAAGAACUGCUGUAUAAGAACUGCUGUAUCUGCCUCUUCACCAGGCCACUGGUGACUGUAUACUGAAAUCUCCAUGCAACCUACUGCUGUACUAGGUUGGAGUAGCACUUCUCAAAGCCAAACUCCCCAGCCCCUAGUGCCCUGGGUAGAAGAGUACUCAGUAGGGAACCAACCCCCAGCCCCUAGUGCACUGGGUAGAAGAGUACUCAGUAGGGAACCAACGACCAGCCCCUAGUGCACUGGGUAGAAGAGUACUCAGUAGGGAACCAACCCCCAGCCCCUAGUGCCCUGGGUAGAAGAGUACUCAGUACGGAACCAACCCUCAGCCCCUAGUGCCCUGGGUAGAAGAGUACUCAGUAGGGAACCAACCCCCAGCCCCUAGUGCACUGGGUAGAAGAGUACUCAGUAGGGAACCAACCCCCAGCCCCUAGUGCACUGGGUAGAAGAGUACUCAGUAGGGAACCAACCCCCAGCCCCUAGUGCACUGGGUAGAAGAGUACUCAGUAGGGAACCAACCCCCAGCCCCUAGUGCACUGGGUAGAAGAGUACUCAGUAGGGAACCAACCCCAGCCCCUAG